AUGGGAGGCCGACGAGACGAUCCUCCUCCGCCGGGAGAGCGCGAGGAGGACGAUUCCUCCCCUCGCCGCGCCCCCAAAGCUCACAUGGCCAACCUCGGCGACGGCGGCGCCAAGGCGCACGCGCGUUUCAAGCAGUACGAGUACCGCGCCAACGCCAGCCUCGUCCUCACUACCGACUCCCGCCCCCGCGACACCCACAAGCCCAGCGGCGAGCCCGAGACGCAGUGGAACAGGUCCUGCCUAGGAGGUGGCCAAGGCUGCAACUCAAUGGAGCCAUUCAUGGACAGUCCAGCCUUGCAUAAACAAGAAACUGCCAAAAGCUUGUCUAGCACAGGAACUGUGGUCAGGAUGCAGUCCAAGAAGGCCUUCAUACCGAAGUCCUUCGGUGACCGCGCCGUCCAGAACAAGCCGCCGCCUGAGCUCGAGGAGAAGCUCUCCAGGUCGCGCACCAGGAAAGCCAAGCGCGACGCGGCCGACACCGGCCUCCUCUACCGCAACGCCAAGCGCAGGAGACGCGUCGCCUCCGACCGGGGUAUCAGCGUCCUCUCCCUGACCGAUGAUGCCGUCUACAAGCCUCAGACCAAGGAGACGAGCGCCGUCUACGAGGCCUUGCUCAGCCUCAUCCAGCAGCAGCUCGGCGGCCACCCGUUCGACGUGCUCGUGGGGGCCGCAGAUGAGGUGCUCGCCACCCUCAAGAGUGACAAGGAGCGUCGCCGGCGUCCACGCGGUGGCAAGGAGGAGAAGGGACCUCGGGGCCAGGUCGGCGCUGAUGACGGUGUCGCCGGCGAGCGCAAGGCGACCCGGGAUGACACCUGCAACAACUGUGGCAGGACUGGCCACUGGGCCAAGGACUGCCGCCUUCCUCCACGCCAAGGUGGGCAGGCUCACAUCGCGCAAGCAGAAGAGCAGGAUGCCCCCCUGUUCCUGGCGCAUGGGUGCGUCGAGCUGCAGCAAGACACAGGGGAGGGGGUGAAAGUUUUGCUGUCGGGUGGGAAGAAAAUGAAGACAAUUGCUUCAUACUACUAUAUUAGCUAUGCAACUAUUGAACGUUUCGGUUCUAUGCCGACCCAGAAGACUAAGAUGAAGGGACUCCUAGAGAUUCUAGCAUCUACAUCAGAAUAUGCAGAGCUUGCAGGUCGUGCUGGUGAGGAAGAAUUCAUUGAGAGGCUUGUUCGGCACCAGAGGUUCUCUAUCGAGAAGCCCAAGUAUGGCGAUCCACAUGUGAAGAUGCUCCAGGCAAUGGUUGAUGUUAUCUCCAGCAAUGGUUGGCUUAGUCUUGCUCUUAGUGCAAUGGAGUUGAGUCAAAUGGUGACACAAGGCAUGUGGGAUCGUGAUUCUGUGCUGCUUCAAGUUCCUCACAUCACAAAGGACUUGGCUCAGAGGUGUCAGGAAAAUGAAGCGAAGCCCAUCGAGAGUAUCUUUGAUCUUGCUGAGAUGGGUAUCGAUGAGAUGCGGGAUCUCUUGCAGCUAUCAAACUCUCAGCUGCAGGACAUCAUUGAGUUCUUCAAGCGGUUCCCCAAUGUUGAUAUGGUCUAUGAGGUCCGUGAGGGUGACGGCACAAGUGCUGGCUACAAUGUAGCCGAGCAGGUAACGCUGGAGCGUGACAUGGCAAACCUACCAUCUGAGGUUGGGCCAGUUCAUGCGCCGAGGUUCCCCAAGCCCAAGGAAGAAGGCUGGUGGCUGGUGAUUGGUGACAGCUCCACUAACCAGUUGCUGGCAAUCAAAAGAUUGGCACUUCAGAAGAGGGCAAGAGUGAAACUUGAGUUCUCUGCUCCUGCAGAAGCAGGGACAAUGGACUACAUGAUUUAUUUGAUGUCAGACUAUUACUUGGGCUGUGAUCAGGAGUACAAGUUCACUGCUGAUGUUAAGGAUGUUGGACGGGAUUUAUGA